UAAAGUACGCCCAUUUUCAACCUAGGGAUUUGAGAGCGCCUUCAUUGGCAGUGAGUCAGAGGGAUAAUGAACUAAGUAGAGAGAGAGAGAGAGAGAGAGAGAGAGAGAGGGGAGGGGGGGAGAGGGAACACUAAAAUCCUCCGUCCCAUAUUAGUUAUCUAAAUGCACUGGGCUUGAAGCUGAGUAUUUAACGAGGCUGGGGUAAGCGGCGAGGGAGAGUGAGCGAAUGUGUUAGACCCCAACCCAGGCUGAACAAAGUUUCUGAACAGAUCACAGGAGGUUUAGUUUAGCAAUUAUACAGAGCUUCUUGUGUUAAGUAAAUCUGAGGAAGGUUUGAACGAAGGAACCCCUUUAUUUAAUUGGAAGAAGUUUACUGUGCCUUGUAAAUUAAAAUAUUUGGGUGGCACUUUUCCCUAUCGUUAACUUUCGGCUGUUGUUCUAUACUUUAACCUCACUUCUCAUCCUCGGUUGCCCCGGGAUAGCGGGAGCUGAUCCUACAUAUUCCAGAGAGGCAGAGAGAGAGAAUGGGAUCUGACCUGAAGUGGCAGGCCAGCACUGGACUGUGGCGCCCGCUGCUUUUUCUCGUCGUCCUGCUCCAGUUCGGGGGCUUCUCCGACGGGAGGAAAGGCUGGAGAGCUGGCCGUCAGAACUCGCACUACCGCCGGGCGCAGGGCUUGGCUGCCCGCGACAGGAACCAGGCGCCCGGCUGGAACCAGCAACAUCACCCCGGCGCGGCAGCCACCGAGGAAAGUUUCACUCUGGAUUUCACCGCCGUCGAGGGCAACAUCGAUAACUUCAUGGCUCAGAUCAAGAGCUUGGCUCAGUCUCUCUAUCCGUGUUCCUCCCAGAAGCUGAACGACGACAUGAAGCUUCACUUUCUGGCGAAUUCCUCCGUUACCUGCAAUGAUGGCACCCCAGCCGGGUACUACAUUAAGGAGUCCAAGGGUAGCAGGCGAUGGCUUAUCUUUUUAGAAGGGGGCUGGUACUGUUUCAGCAAAGAGAACUGUGACACCCGAUACGACACCAUGCAUCGGUUGAUGAGCUCCACCAACUGGCCUCGCAGUAAAACAGGAACUGGAAUGCUAUCUGCACAGCCGGAAGAAAACCCUUACUGGUGGAACGCUAAUAUAGUCUUCAUUCCUUACUGCUCAAGUGAUGUUUGGAGCGGAGCAUCCCAGAAAUCUGAGAAAAGUGAAUAUGCUUUCAUGGGAGCACUGAUAAUACAAGAGGUUGUCAAAGAGCUGUUGACUAAAGGCCUUGAAAAUGCCAAGAUCCUUCUGCUAGCAGGCACCAGUGCGGGAGGUACUGGAGUCCUCCUGAAUGUGGACCGGGUGGCUGAACAGCUCGAAGAGCUGGGUCUGCAUGGAGUGCAGGUCCGUGGAUUGGCUGAUUCAGGCUGGUUCCUAGACAACAAACAAUACCAGAGGACGGACUGCAUCGACACAAUAUCGUGCGCCCCCACUGAAGCAAUCAAGAAAGGGAUAAGCUAUUGGAAUGGAGUUGUACCAGAACGUUGCAAGCAACAAUUCAAAGAAGGGGAAGAGUGGAACUGUUUCUUUGGAUACAAAAUAUAUCCAACGUUAAGAAGCCCGUUGUUCGUGGUUCAGUGGCUGUUUGAUGAAGCGCAGCUUACGGUCGAUAACGUGCAUCUCACUGGACAACCAGUUCAAGAAGGCCAGUGGAACUACAUCCAGAACCUGGGGCGUGAGCUGAAGAAUACCCUUAAAGACGUUCCGGCUGUUUUCGCACCUGCAUGCUUGUCUCAUGAAGUUAUCACGAAAAGCUACUGGUUGAACCUUCAAGUGAAGGGAGUCUCUCUCCCCCGGGCACUGCACUGCUGGGACCGGAGUCUUCAAGAGGGCAACAAAAAUGGCAAGAAUUCCCUGAAGGGAUGUCCCGUCCACCUGACUGACAGCUGUCACUGGCCACACUGUAACCCUACCUGCCCCACUAUCAGAGACCAGUACACAGGUCAGGAGAUGACUGUUAUACAGUUUCUAAUGCACAUGGGAUUCGAUAUACAGAAGAUGGCCCAGCAACAGGGCUUGGAGGUUAGUAAACUACUGGGGAUGCUGAGCAGUGGGAGCUAAGAUAUCCCCACAUCGGGACUGACAAGACUUUAGAAGAGGAGAAGAAGUCAAAGCCCACACUGAGGAGAAGCAGGCAGGCUUUACCUUGUGGAACCUCACAACCUCUCACAAUGAAAACCUGCAAGGACACAAAAUAAAAUUCAAAGUGGUGGAAAGCACUGGAUUGUUUAAUUAAAGGUGAAAGAAGGACGAGCAGCCUUUCGAAGUAAUUACUGGUUGUCAUGGAUUGGAUCACAGAACACAAAGAAGAUAAAACACAGACAAACGUAUUCCUUUUCCCAUCAGUUAACAGUGUAACACCAGGACAGCGGGAUUCACACAGGAACACUGAGGUCAAAAGUGACACAAACUAUAAUGCUGUGUAUUUUUUAACAAACUAAAACCCGUGCUGAGUUGGUAAUUUUACAUAUUUAUUUUAUUAUGUAAAUCAUAUUUAUAAGUGUUAUGCAGGCAGAGAGCUAAAUAUGUUUCUUUAUAAAUUGUAAAUACUGUCUCCUAAUCGCAUGUUUUUUUGUAAUGGAA